AUGUCGGCAUCUGGGACUAAGCGAGGAAUUGUUACCCUUUCAGGAAAAAGUCCUCAACCACACUCCAAGCUCAAACUGGGAAUUGCUUCUAAACUGGACUCCAAAGAAGUUCCAUCCCAGAAGUCGGCAAUGAAUCGCAACGACACUCAUCUAACAGAUCGCCUCGAUGACGCCUCCGUUGCCGACAGCGAGUUUUCAAGCGGGAUAAAUUUCUAUGAAAACACUUACAAAUUGUUGCCAGAUGCCAAAACGCCAAUGCCAACUAAAACAGUGGAAACCAUAAUUGCAGAUGUUUUGAAAGAGCGCUUCAAGAACGAAGUUUAUGAUAGUUCCAAGUGCAAAGACCACAGUCAGAAUGUUUGCCGGCUCAUCAAAGAGAAGGUAAAAAGUUUGCUAUGCCCGCGAUAUAAACUAGUUGUUGUUGUGCACAUUGGCGAGAAGAAAGGUCAGGGAAUACGAAUUGCAAGCAGAUGUGCCUGGAAUGAGAACUUUGACGAUUUCGUUACUGUUUCCUUUACGAAUUCGUCAUUAUUUGCUCAAGCAACUGUUUAUGCUUUGUACGCAGAGUAA